CCACCCGCCGUCACGAGCUGAGUUGGAGACGGAUAGGAAACCCCGUUGCAGACCCCGAGCGCCGGCCUUCACCCCGACCCUGUUUCCUCUUGUCCGGUUAGAGGUGUCGCUAAAGGAAUAAUGAGCCAAAAAGGCACCCAACUUCUCCUUUAAGGCUCAUUUCGCCGUUUUUCGGCUUUACGCCUGGACUGCCUCAUACCUUCCCGUUCAUAUUCACUUCAUUCGAGGAUACCUGUACCUCUACUGAUGGAACAGGGUCACUCCAACGUUCUCCUGCAGCCUUCCAGCACCACCUAACAUUUCCUGGAAGAACGUGUCCAUUGCCUGCUCCCAACAAACAUGGACUGUUUUCCCAUGCUUUAUUUUCUGUCGAGACAUCAUGAUUCCUGGUAAUCGAAUGCUGAUGGUCAUUUUAAUAUGCCAAGUCCUGCUGGGAGAGAGCAACCAUGCUAGCCUGAUACCUGAAGAAGGGAAAAAGAAAGUACCCGGCCUGCAGGGUCGUUCGGCCGCUCAGAGCCAUGAACUGCUGCGGGACUUCGAGGCCACGCUGCUGCACAUGUUUGGCCUCAAGAAGCGGCCGCGGCCCAGCCGCUCAGCCCCUGUGCCUCGCUACCUGCUGGACCUCUAUCGGCUACAAUCUGGGGAGGCUGAGGAGGCCGGAGUGCACGACAUCGCUUUUGAGUACCCAGAGAGGUCAGCCAGCCGGGCCAACACUGUGAGGGGCUUCCACCAUGAGGAGCACAUGGAGAGGGUGCAUGAUGUGGAUGAUGUAAAAACCGCGCCCCUGCGCUUCCUGUUCAACCUCAGCAGCAUUCCAGAGGACGAGCUGCUUUCUUCAGCCGAACUGAGGCUCUACCGUCAUCAGAUUGACGAGGCCAUUGACGACGCCUUCUCAGACAACCAGGGGCUUCACCGGAUAAAUGUGUACGAGGUGCUGAAGCCCCCGCGGCCAGGGCAGCUCAUCACGCAGCUCUUGGAUACGCGGCUUGUGCGCCACAACACGUCACGCUGGGAGAGCUUUGAUGUGAGCCCAGCGGUGCUGCGUUGGACUCGUGAGAGCCUCCCAAAUUAUGGGUUGGCAGUGGAGGUUCUGCACCUCAACCAGACGCCACGCCACCAGGGCCGACACGUUCGCGUCAGCCGCUCGCUACACCGGGAGCCCGGCGAGGACUGGGAGCAGCUACGCCCUCUCCUGGUUACCUUUGGCCACGAUGGGAAAGGUCACCCGCUGACCCGCCGGACCAAGCGCAGCCCCAAGCAGCGGGGCCGUAAACGCAACCGCAACUGCCGGCGCCACGCACUAUAUGUGGACUUCAGCGAUGUAGGCUGGAAUGACUGGAUAGUGGCGCCCCCUGGUUACCAAGCCUAUUACUGCCACGGGGAAUGUCCCUUUCCUCUGGCGGAUCAUCUGAACUCAACCAACCAUGCCAUUGUUCAGACACUGGUGAACGCUGUGAACAACAACAUUCCCAGGGCCUGCUGCGUGCCAACAGAGCUCAGCGCCAUCUCCAUGCUCUACCUAGACGAACAUGACAAGGUGGUCCUAAAAAACUACCAGGAAAUGGUAGUGGAGGGCUGCGGCUGCCGCUAACAAACAGACUAACAAGAACUUGGACAGGAGCCAUGAAAAAAGCAACAUGGACGCAAAAACAAAUCAGAAGGUCUUUACUCCCAAAAAUGUUCACUUGGACCCUUAUUUAUAACUUUUAUGUUGAGGUGUA